UGCUUGUAUUAAUGCGGUGGGUAAAUAUAACGCACGUAUAAACACAUAAACCCAAACAUCCUUUCGUCAACGGUAUAAUUUCAUUUGCAAAAUAUAUAUUGUAUCUUCUAUAUAUUUGCAUUUCUGUCUAAAAGGUACAGGGGUGUAUUCUGAAAUAUGAUAUGUUUGUGUAAGGAAUCCAUCAUUAUAACUUUUGCACUUUCAUUCCACCAGGUGCAGGAAGGCGAAUUGGAAUAGACCGAAAGGGAAGGUGUUAUAAAGGGGUGACUAGAACAGGUUCUAUUGUUGAGACGACGCAAUUCGAGUAAGAAGACUUUUACUGUUCACGUGGUUAUGGUUUUCGUUAGACGCCCCCUGGAGUUGUGAGUCCACCUGCUUUCUACCUAGGCUACAGUUAAGUUAUACUAAACUUCUUGAAGAUCUAUCUGUUAAAAAAUAGAUCUCUUGCAUGUGAUGCCUGCUCAAUUAGUCUUUUUGAAGGAGAUCAUCAAUACCUAGGAGGCCCGUUUGCACGGCCAGCAUAAUGGGGAGCGCUAUAUAAAAGCCAGGACGCCGCGCACAAUCCAAUAUUUCGAGGAUUGAAUCGCAGGGCACUCGAGAGUUCGUAAAAUUUGUUGCUAAAAAGGACAGGAUUUUCCGAGAGCAGAGCAGAUUGAAUAAAUCAUAAUCAUAACAAAGCCGCAAUGGAGCAACAUUCCGAAUCUAUAGAGAUUUCAUCGGCCGUAGAUGACGUUAAUUCAACCAAUACUUCUGAUUGGUCGUGGACACCGAUCACGUGGUCCUGGUGGUUAAUUAUCCAAUUAGUUUUGGCUAUCUUGGGUAUCUCGGGUAAUCUUUUAGUCAUUCUAGUUUUAUUCCAGCGUCGAAAAUACCGGAAACCUACUGAUAUUUUAAUCGGUGGUCUCGCAGUCGCCGAUUUCAUCACCUCGAUCUUUAUGAUUCCUCAACCGAAGCUAUCGGGUGUUCCCGAUACUAUCUUGGGCGAGAUUGCAUGCAAACUGAUAUAUUCAUCCGUCUUCUUGUGGAUAUCGAUAAGCUGUUCUGUGUUCACUCUAACCGCUAUCGCAAUAGAACGCUAUAUCGCUGUGGUCCACCCGUUCCAGUUCAAGCAUUGGGUUACACCUAGAAAGAUAAUAGUUUGGUUUCUUAUUAUCGGGCUAGCAGCGAUCGCGAUAAACAGUCGCACUUUUGGAACAACCUGGGUCGACAGCGAGCAUGGGAAAUGUAUGCAUAAAUAUAACGUCCCGGGCGUUCAGACAUUUUCUGGAAUCAUGGUGUUCCUGGUCCUAUUCAUCAUCCCCACUCUCAUCAUGCUCGUGUCUUACUCUCUGAUCGCACGCAGCCUCCGCUUGCGGUCCAGGCUCUACAAGCUCCAAAAGGGCGUCCAGAGUAGCAGCAACGUUUCUGGUCCAUCGGACAGGCUUCUAGUCGCUCGGAACAAGGUUAUCAAGCUUAUGUUCGUGGUCAUCAUCAUUUUUAUCGUCUGUUGGGCGGCAGAUAGCGUCGCUCUUCUAGCCUACAAUAUGAGAUGGGUGGAACGGUCCUACCUCUACAGUCCGGUCUAUCAUGUCCUCGUCGUGAUGGCGUACUUUAACACGUGUGCCAACCCGCUCAUUUACGCCAUCCACUACCCGGAAUUUAGACUGGCCGUCAAAGACCUGUUCUUCGGGUCCAGGACUGUUAGGUCGUCCCUGUUUGGAAAGGACUACAAUCUGACCACGAAGGGCAAGGUCUAUGUCAACGCUAUUGUCUGAGAGUUGCAUCCGGUCCAGGGAACUGUAAGCACCUCUGCAGGUCGACAAAGACUAGUGUUUGAAUACAUUGACUGGACCACAUUCCUUGCUUGGUGUAAACAGAUUCGCACAUCUAAUAACAUUGACAGUUCUUAAAUUCAAUUGUGAACACUUCUUGA